CCGGGUCACGACGGUGUCGCGAGCCCAGACACGUGACAAGUAUAAAGAAGCCCUUGGUCUUUGUGAGCUUCUCACUGUGCGCCAUAUUCGCCCUGAGUUUAGUGUUAACCAGACGCAGUUAUGGCCGAGGCAGAUCGACCCGGAAAACUCUUUAUCGGUGGGCUGAACACCGAAACCACAGAGGAGGCCCUUGAGCAGUACUUCGGCAAAUAUGGCCGGAUAUCUGAAGUGCUUUUGAUGAAAGACCGUGAGACGAACAAGUCCAGGGGCUUUGCGUUUGUGACCUUUGAGAGCCCAGCUGAUGCAAAGGAUGCAGCGAGGGAGAUGAAUGGGAAGUCUCUUGACGGCAAGCCAAUUAAAGUAGAGCAAGCAACAAAGCCCCAGUUUGAGACCGGAGGCCGCCGAGGCCCCCCUACUCUGCGUGGUCGUGGCCCACCGAGGGGUUUACGAGGAACCAGAGGACUGAGUGGAAUGAGAGGCCCCCCAACAAGAGAACCCUUUUUUAAGGAUAUGUCAUCGAGAGGCCCACCACCUCUGAAGAGAGGCCCACCAAUUCGUGAUGGCGGCCCACCCCCAAAGAGAUCUGCACCAUCAGGUCCAAUGGGCCGACCUCCGAUGUCUCGAGAGCGGGAUCCUUAUGGUCCCCCACCACCUCGCAGAGAUGGCAUGCUUUCUAGGAGGGAUGAUUACCCGUCUCCUCGCGACGACCAUUACAGCACGAAGGACAGCUACUCCAGCCGAGACUACAUGAGCUCCAGGGACACCAGGGACUACGCUCCGCCGCCUCGCGAUUACGCUUACCGCGACUACUCUAGCUCUCGUGAUGAUUAUGGAUCCUUGUCACGGGGCUACGGUGACCGUGACAGUUACGGUGGAAGCCGUGAGCCACGAGGCUACAUGGAUCGCCCGAGUGCGGGUUCCUACAGAGACCCCUACGAUGGUUACGGUAACUCGCGCAGCGCCCCGCCCUCAAGGGGCCCUCCGCCAUCCUACGGUGGAAGUGGCGGGAGCAGUCGCUAUGACGACUAUGGCGGCAGUUCCAGGGAUGGUUACGGCAGUCGUGACAGUUACCCCAGCAGUCGCAGUGACCCAUACUCUGCUAGCCGUGGCGAACGAAUGGGCAGACAGGAGAGGGGACCUGCCCCCCCAAUCGAUAGAGGCUACCCUCCUCGCGACGCGUACGGCAGCUCGAGCCGCGGCGGGCUCCGUGGUGGCGGACGCGGAGGCAGCCGCGUGGAUAGAGGAAUCGCCCGCAGCAGAUACUGAACAGACUUGCAAACAAAGGAAGUUUUCUCAAAACGGCAACCAUGAGUGUGUUCAUAACAUUCAGACGGAAGUGGAAGACCUAAGAAGCAAAUUUUGAGUUCUGUGGACAAAACUUACUGCUCCCCCUCCCCGUUCAUAUCCCUGAGCAUCAAUUUUUUUUUUGAAGAAAUGGAAUGUUUGUUUUGUAUUUCGUUCUUGGGCCGCCUUCCCCAUCUAGUCUGUAGCGAUUUUAAGUGUCUUUGUACUAGUACUGUUACACACUGCAGUUCCCUGGAAUAACAUGCCUUCAUUUACUAAUAAAGUUUUUAUUGAAAAUGUGAUCAAAGCUGGUGGAUGUUCAGAGAAACCUGAAGUAAUAUUAAUGCUGUGUUUCGUUUGCCUGCAUUUGCCUUUGAGAUUUCUAACGUUCUAACCAGAAAUAAACAUCGGAGCUCUAUUGGA